AUGAAGUUUGUAACUGAAGAUCCUCGCACUUUCGAAUGCCUUGAAAGUUGGGCAGGCACAACCAAACUCUGCACGGCGAGCUACUACUUCUGGAAUCAAGGCUACGAAAUGCAAAAGAGCCAAAUAGGACUCUUCCAGUCGUUCCUGUACCAGAUACUCAAAGCUGUACCCAGACUCAUUGAGAUAGUGUGCCCAAACCGUCUAGAGCACGAAGACUGGGACGUGGAAGAACUGAAGGCUACUUUCGCGCGCAUCGCUACCCAGAAAGAUUUGGAAGUCAAAUUCUGCUUCUUCAUCGACGGUUUAGACGAGUACAACGGGGCUGAGGAAGAUGUUGUCAGCGCUCUGAAAUUCCUCUCUAUAUCGAAAGACAUCAAAAUCUGUGCCUCGACACGGCCUCGCUCGGUAUUUGAGAGGUUUUUCAACAACACAUCUCGCACCUUCGACAUCAAGAGCUUUACUAAAGAAGACAUGGGACACCAUGUUAAGCGUCUCCUCGGGGAGAAUGAGAACUUCCAACGCCUGGCGAAUGCCGAUACCACGUGCGUAUCAAUAAUGAAGGUGAUUGCAGACCUUGCGCAGGGCGUAUGGUUAUGGGUCUUCCUCAUUACUCGUGACCUCGUACACGCUGUCGAUCGGGAUGAAGGUGUGGACAUGCUGUGGAAUAUCGUCAAUCUCUUCCCAGCAGAUCUAGAGGCGUACUUCGAGCGCAUGGUCAAGGCUGUUAAGCCUCAGUAUCUUGAAGAGAUGUCACAAAUCUUUUUGAUCACGGUCGAUGAGCUGCAACCGCUACCGUUAUACGCAUUCUCUCUACUGGAACACCAACGCAAGAACCCCGACUAUGCCAUCAACUUCCCCAUACGGCCCAUCCGCAAAGACGAUUUGAAAAGUGAGUAUCCCAAGUGGAAGUCGCUCAUUCGGAACAGAUGUAGCGAUCUUCUCGUUGUUAAUGAUGAAGAGCAUCCCUACUUCCCGGGUCCUACGGUCGACUUCCUCCACCGGACCGUUGCCGAAUUCUUGCAGGACAACUACUACCACCAACUACGGGCCAAUCUGAAGACGGAGUUUAGCUCCAAGUCUAUCUUUGUUCCAGCGUCGGUCGACAAAGUUCUGGGCUUAACGCACGAGCUACUUUAUUACGCCUACGAAACCGAGAGAACCGACCCAAGCCCUACCUCAUCCCUAGUAGAAGUGCUCGGUGAGAACCACUCCAAGCGGGAUGAGCCGAGUGUGAGCGUUGAUAUGGUACGGCUACUCCUCGAACGUGGGGCAAAUCCAAACCAGCCUGCCCGUCUGAACGACAGCAAGUCAGUUUGGCACCUCUUCUUACUUACAAUGGACGAGACCGUCUCACGGCCGCUACCUUCUGGAGCGAAGCAUGGAAGGAAGCCUCCAGCGGGUCUCAUCAGCGCUUGGUACCAGAGCUGUGAACUGCUCAUUCAACAAGGUGCUCGAAGAUUUUCCCAUGUUGACGAGAAUGGGAUGAAAACAACGGAUCAUGGCAUCUUUAAUUGGGUCUUUGGGUCUGCGAGAGCUGAGGCCCUAGUGGCACUUGUGGAUGAGAAGGAGCGGGAGAAACAGCAGGCAAAGGGCUCAUUCAAGUGCGACGAAACCAAGCCUGUAUGCUCUCGCUGUCGCUCCACUGGUCGGACAUGCGAGGGUUACGGACUGUGGGGUGGCGGAGGGAAUACCUACGUUGAAAGAUAUGGUCGCGUAUCCACGUCGAUCCAGAAGCCUCCAACCAAAAUCUUGGGUGUCGAGGAACUCAGGUAUCUACAGUUAUACAGGAUCCGCAUCGUUCACACAACUUCCGGUUGGUUUGCUUCGAAGUUCUGGAACUCGAUCGUGCUACCAGCAGCGUCGUCAGAACCGGCGGUUCUUCAUGCUGCUGUUGCGCUGAGCGCUGCGCACAGAUGCAGUUUCGAUUCGGCACAAGCUCCGGAUGAGAGGGAAAAGUUCAUGCUUCAACAAUAUGGCAAAGCGAUCCAGUCGCUACAGCCGCUGUUGCGGCGUGGAGACACAGCCUCGGUCACGGUCAUUCUGGUCACCUGUCAGUUAUUUACGUUGCUUGAAUACCUCCGCGGGCAAUACCAAUUGGCCGAAUCACACUUACGGAACGGUCUAAAGGUCCUGAUGAACAUGACCACGAAGAAAGAUCGCUCGCACGAUGGCGUCCUCGUAAUCAAGCCGGCAUCAUAUGAAAAGAGUAUCGACCAAGGCAUCGUGCGCAGCUUCGCGACCCUACAUAUGCAAAAUAAUCUGUUCGGUUCCGGUCUGGAAGAUCUCGAUAUAUUUCUUCAGCCGAUAGAAAACAGCAUACCAUACCCUACUUUUACGACUAUCGAGGAGGCGAAGGACGCUCUUGAUGUGCUAUUGCACGGCAUUGUUCUCAUAGCACAACGAUAUCGAAAGAUGGGGCCAGGCACUAAAGACGAAAUUGCUGCGGUUACAGCAGGACAAGAAGAGAUUAUGACCUCUCUUGCGACGUGGUACGAUACGUAUCUGAGUACACUUCCCUCGGUCAACAAACUCGCCCUAGCUGCCGGGAAGAAACCAGAUGAUCUGUGGGCGUUCGGCGGGAAGACGCCGCCAGCAAAGCUUCCGAUGAGCCGCGAACCAUCGGUUCUCAAAUUGCUACUCAUGUAUCAUGCCAUGGCGCGCAUAAUGUGCGGCUGUCUGCAAGUGCACUCUGAGCAGCACUACGAAGCGUAUACGCAAACGUUUCUCACGGUACUUGUGCAUGCCAUACACAUCUUCGAAGAGUACAACUUGGCAAAAUCUAUACCCGAUAACGUCAACCUCCACGACUCGAUUGGCGAAUACGGCUUUAUCGCGCCUUUGUAUUACACAGCUAUCAAGUGUCGAUACCAUCGCAUCCGCCUCCAUGCUAUUCGGCUCCUGCGGGUGAUCCCGCUGAAGGAAGGAACGUGGGAUUCUUUCACGGCAGCAAAUAUCGCGGAAACGGUUAUGGAGCUUGAAGAGCAAAAUAGUCACUAUGGGGAUAACGCUGGAGAUGGCUUCUCUCUCUCAGAGAUACCCAAUUUGGAAGAUUCGUAUAGCUGGUCUUUGAUGCCGGAGCAUAACAUGUUCUACGAUGUGGAAGCAACGACAAGAGGAGACCUCACGAACGAAGUCGUCGUCACAUGCAAAAGACGGCGGCUGGACGGUCUUCCGGAGAUCAUCACCUUCCACGCCAAUCCUAAACCUAGACACAACACCGAAAAAGAGAGACAUUCUUAUACCUGA